AUGUAUGCACAGCGUUCUGCAGAAAGUCUAAUGAGAAGAGCAAGAAAAUCUUCUUUGCCACUUAUUCCCGAUACACUUAGGCAAUUAGGAGAUUUGUUUGAACAGGGAAAUUUGAAUCGUUACCAGGUCAAUGAUGAAAUUAUUUAUAAAGGUUGUGUAGAAGAUACCAAUGGAAAUCAUUAUAUUAUAUUUGCUAGUCAAAUCAUGACUAACAAUGCACUCAGUAUUUAUUUUACAUUUUUACAUGCUGAUUACACAUUCCGGAUUACUCCAUCAAAACCAAAAUCCUACCAACUUUUGGUUCUUCAUGGGAUUAGUAUUCCUGAGUAUUUAUGGAGUUGA